AUGAAUACUUGGAAUGAGGUAAGACUAAGGUUAAGUAAAAAUGAAACAAGUGAUAAAGAUUUGCAGCAAGAAAUUGCGAAGGAGAAAGAGCAAUGGAGACAAGUUUUAAUUAGAAUUAUUGCUGCUGUGAAGUUUCUUGCUAAGCAUAGUUUGGCUUUUCGAGGAUCAAAUGAGAAGCUGUAUCAAGAUAACAAUGGGAAUUGCGAACUGAGCGUAGCUCAGGUGGUUGGUUUCUUGUGGUGGAACCAGCCCACCCAGUCUCUCGGAGGUGUUCCUAAGGGUAGAGUGUGCGUGUAUGUGUUCAUAGGGAGUGUUCAAGAUCCUAUCUUAGUUAAGGAUGCCAAGUAUUUCUCCGUAAUCCUAGACUGUACCCCUGAUGUGAGCCACGAGGAACAAAUGACUCUAAUUCUGAGCAAAGCUAUUACUUUCUUUGGAGCUCAACUAAGAGGUGGCAGGGGGAGUAAGAAGCUGCAGUCUAAAAUUGUGUUCAUUGAUGUAACCCUUAAGCAAAUCGAAGAGCCUGCAUUUCCUGUUAAGCGACGUGUUACAAGAACAAGACACUUUGAUGAAAAUAAUGACAAUGAAGAAAAUGAUCAAAAUGAAGAAGCGCAGGCAUUUGAGGAGGAAUCAUUCAGAAUUAAACAUUUUCUGGUGAUGAUAGAUGUUGCAAUUGCUUCCCUUACCAAAAGAUUUGAGGAGCUGAAGUCAUUUGGGGGCAUAUUUGGCUUCUUGUUUAACUCUGAAAAAUUGAAGUCCUUGGAAGAUGAUGAUCCAAGAAGCUGUUGCACUAAAUUUGCAAAAAGUUUUUCUCAUGGUAACUCAGCAGAUGUUGACUUGGAUGAUUUUUUUUCUGAACUGAAAGUGUUGCAAGUGGUAGUGCCGAGCACAAUCAUGUCAGCGGAUGAGAUAUUCGAGUUUGUUGGAGCCGCAGAUUGUUAUCCAAAUGUCUCUAUUGCUUAUAGAAUUCUCUUACGGUGA